GAAACGGAAAGGAGAUGGACGGGGCGUGGUGCGGGGGAGACACGAGGGUGAGAGAGGGGUGCAUGUCAGUGUGCCUCAAAGAGCUGUGAGAUCGAGUGACAUAAUUUACACCGAGCCGCUGGCACAAAGCAGGUGUUUUUGAGCCGAAGGUCAAUGGGAGACUCUUCCUUCGCCACCCCCCACCUCCUCCCUGGAAACGGGGCUCUCUGGGCCUGCGGAGCCCAGUGUUGCAGGGACAGAAAGCAAGACUCCCAAGAGGGCCACCAGGAGGAGGGCACAUGGCGCCACUCUUCGUCCCUCCUGGGUCCGUGUCAGUGACCUGCGGGGACCAGAACACACCUGAUGGCUGCUGGGUUAGGUUGCAUCCUGCAUCCUGGAGGACGGUGCCCCAUCCAAGCAGGACAUCAGCUCCAAGCUGACGCUUUGUUCCACCAGGCUGGCAGCUUCCGGGGGGCGAAGUGGUCCCAGAGGACCAGCGGAUCCCCUGGCCGGAUGCUCCUCCCACGCCUGCCUUCCUGGGAAGAGAGCCCCUUGGUCCAGCGUGAUGUUGUGCAGUACUCGACAUCUGACGACCCCUGGACAGUGGCACCAGCCGAGGCUCUGUGGGAAGGAAGGGCCCCCCCGCACGUCCGGACCACGUAUGGCUUCCGGUCAAGAUGGAUCGCUGGCCUUUAGGAGUAGAAGGGAUCCUUUGCAAUCCCAUUGCCUCCCGAGUUGGCUGAUGGGUCUUCGAGGGGAAACAGUGGGUCUCUGUUGCCGGCAGCUCAGAGAUUCAGAGGUGACGAUAGCUCGGGAAGCUCGGGUGGGUGGCUUCUCCACCCGGGCCACGUGGCUACUGCACUCGUGGACAGUUGUACCGGCACGUGGCUGCCGGUCAGAGCCUGGCUGAGGUCAGUGCUGGAUGGUUGCUGGUCAGCAUUGGUGGGCGUCACAAAAAUCUUCAUCCCCCGGGUCCGCUCCGAGGGGACACCCACUUGCCUCCUCCCCAGACCCCCCUACUCCCGAUCUUCCGAUCUUCCUCCUUCCCAGCCUCCGAGAAGUCAAGCCACCCUCUCCUGUUCACUGUUAACCUUAAAAAAAACAAAACUGCCAGCUAUUUUCCCGGCCAAGGAGGGGUUUAUUCCAGAAGAGUAUUAGAACCGCCAUCCAGGACAAGCAAGCUGUGGCAAAACCCUCGGCAAGUCCGAAGGACAGAGAGAGGAGUCGCUUUUAGGAAAGGGAGUCGGGAAGGCUGUGCGAUAAACAACAAGUCCAUCGGAGUUAACUGGGGGCUCCAGGCGUGGUGGCUUUUCACGGGCUGAGUUGUGACUUUCUCAUUGGCUGGGCUGUUGCGGAGGGAGGAGGAAAGCUUCCUUCCGGCUGCAGGGAGAGCAACUUAGUAGCUACAAUCUUUGCCACUUGCAAGGUGUGUCUGCUCCUGUAGGGUCUGCUAUUGAGGAGGAGUGGUCGGUGUGAGAGCCCCCCCUGCUUAAAGGAGAUUUCCUUUCCUCAAUUUGCACACCAUAAAUGCAGACGUGUUCUUGCUGGGGGCCGCUGCUCUUUGCACAUGAAAUGGGUGGCCAGGCACCCUCCCCAGAGUCCUGCUCAAUGGGAGCCUUUCUCACCCCUGUCUCUCCAGGACACCUUUGGGCAGGGUUCAACAGCUACCCAGCGUUUACGUGUCCCCAAACACGAAGCCACCCAUUCUGGAACCAGGCUGGGAUGCUUUGCUCCUUUGCCAGAGAGAUCACAAGGGACCUACCCACGCAGACAUAGUGGGAGCCAAGGGACCUGGUGCGACAGCAGUGGAUGGCAUAGGGGCCUGGGUGAUGUGUUCACGGAGCUUACUGGAACCUUCUGGUUUUAUUCGCACUUGUUCCUCCUCAGUGAGCCACUUGUGAAGGACUGUCGUUGUGCUCACUUGACUUUAUGACCUGGUGGGUCACCCAGAGCCAUCUUGACUGCUUGACCAAGGGAAUCAUUGUAUACAGUUGUCAUCGCAUUUCAGGACCCUUCUUCCUGGGCACCCAGCUUCUCCUUCAGUCAACAGAGCCUGGGUGUGAGCACUGGCUCAGGUCCAGAAACUGGGCGAAAGGUCUUGGCUUUUGAUGCAGUGGCUGUCCUUGGGGAGGGCCAUGUCCUCGGGUGAGGCAGUUCCAUUCGGCUGAGUUAAGUUCCUGGGGAGGAGGAAAUUCAGCUGUGCCAUCAGCAGGCUACCCCCAACCCUACCCCCAGCCACUGAAAGAAAUGGGUGCCUUGAUCCUGAAGGGGACAGCUGAUGGCACAACGCAGCACCCAUUAUACGUGCGUUGGACACUUCCCACGGGUAGAAUACUUGCUUGGUGCCUCGCCGUCUCAACACCCAGUUUCCAUCCCCAAUCCAAGAUGGCAGCUCGGUCAGCGGGAGGGAAAGACCCAGCGGAGCUGAGCAGUGGGGAGACAGAGGAACUACAGCAGAUCAAAUGGCACCGGAGGCAGCUUCUGGAAGACAUCCAGAAGCUGAAGGAUGAGAUUGCAGAUGUGUUUGCCCAGAUUGAUUGCUUCGAGAUCGCAGAGGAGAGCCGGAUGGCCCAGAAAGAGAAGGAGCUAUGCAUUGGGCGUAAGAAGUUCAACAUGGACCCCAUGAAGGGCGUCCAAUAUCUCAUUGAGCACAAACUGCUGACCCCCGACGUCCAGGACAUCGCGCAGUUCCUGUACAAGGGCGAGGGCCUCAACAAGACGGCCAUCGGCACGUACUUGGGGGAGAGGGAUUCCUUCAACCUGCAGGUCCUCCAGGCCUUCGUGGACUGCCAUGAGUUUGCCAACCUCAACCUCGUGCAGGCCCUCAGACAGUUCCUGUGGAGCUUCCGGCUGCCGGGCGAGGCCCAGAAGAUCGACCGGAUGAUGGAGACUUUUGCCACCCGCUACUGCCUCUGCAACCCAGGAGUCUUCCAGUCCACAGAUACCUGCUACGUCCUGUCCUUCUCCAUCAUCAUGCUCAACACCAGCCUCCACAACCCCAAUGUCCGGGACAGGCCACCCUUCGAGCGCUUUGUGUCCAUGAACCGUGGCAUCAAUGGCGGCGGUGACCUGCCUGAGGAGCAGCUGCGGAACCUCUUCGACAGCAUCAAGAGCGAGCCCUUCUCCAUCCCCGAGGAUGAUGGCAAUGACCUCACUCAUACCUUCUUCAACCCCGACCGCGAGGGCUGGCUGCUCAAACUGGGGGGCCGCGUGAAGACGUGGAAACGGCGCUGGUUCAUCCUGACGGACAACUGUCUCUACUAUUUCGAAUUCACCACUGACAAGGAGCCACGGGGAAUCAUCCCCCUUGAGAACCUCUCGGUGCAGGAGGUGGACGAUCCCAAGAAGCCAUUCUGCCUGGAGCUUUACAACCCCAGCUGCCGCGGCCAGAAGAUCAAGGCCUGCAAGACCGAUGGCGAGGGCAAGGUGGUGGAGGGCAAGCACGAGUCUUAUCGAAUCUCCGCCUCCAGCGCCGAGGAGCGCGACCAAUGGAUCAAGGCCAUACGAGCCAGCAUCACCCGCGUCCCCUUCUACGACCUGGUGUCUGCUCGGAAGAAGAAGAUUGCCAACAGGCACUGAGCUUCCUGGGAGGUGGUGCCGGGGGACCCCACGACCUGUGGUACCUAGAGACGUACCUCCCCCCCCCAGUACAUGCUUUCCUGGCCCACGGACAUCCCCCCGCCCCCCAUUACUUUGGGCAAACAGGAGUGGGGGCGGCUGGGCUCAGGAGGGUGGCUAGAAAAGUCCGAGGGCUCAGAGGUGGCACUGAGGCACCCCAGCCCCGGCCACGAAAGGCCCCCGCCCUCCGCCCCAGGUCACUGCAGCAGGGAACGAGGAAAGCAGCCAAAGAGAAAAACCAGCCCCAGCACCCGCCACCCUGUCCUCCCCGUGGGCCUCAGUUUCCGCUUCUGUUAAACAUCUCCUGUCCUUGAAAUGCCGUCGGCCCUCGAAGGAGGAGGAGCGGUAUGAUUCUUGAGUGCCCCCUGCCCUUGGCCAUGGCAGCGCCUCUUCCUCCUCAGGGGCUUCUCAGCCAGCCCCCUCCCCUGUCUCCGGCUGUGGCUUGGCCGUCCCUGCCGGAGGGACACACACACACACACCGCUCAGAUCCACAGACAGGAGACGCCAGGAGCACUGCACUAGGAGCCCAGCACCCGAAGUCACGGUCCCAGCUCCGUCUCCAGCCUGCUCCGUACCGUCUGCCAAGUCCUCUGGUUCUUGGAAAACUGCAGGGUUUGGAUAGAAACACGUUGCCCCCUUCGGUCUCUGUGCCGACCGCCCCCCCCCCCCCAGCAAUGACAACAGCCCCCGGGGGCCGACCGUAGCCGUGCACAAGCUCCCACCUUCCUCCUCACGGACUCCUUCCUUUCGGCAGAAGGACCAGAUUGUACUGGAUCCGCCUAAGGAGCUUCUGGCCCGAGAUGUCUGUGCCUGCGUGCGGACUGAGCGGGAGGGGCUCGGACCGAAGGCUACCGGGAAGCCAAGAGCCGCGUGGGCUCUGAUCUCGAGGAUGUCCCUUUUGGAGGCGGGGCAAGUGGGACUCCCCAAGAAAGUGGCAGAGAGCAUCCCAGGCGGGUGUAUCCAAGCAGGGCCGGUGGUACAGCCACAAGAAGCCAAGAAGAGAGAGCUUUGUGAACCGUGGUGACCAGGAGGGCUGCCUGGAGGAGGAGUCCUCAAACCGGCUCCUUCUCAGAAGCUCUUCUCAUCCCUUCGCACGGGCCCCAGGGGAGCCCCCGGAGGGAAGGUCCCUGGCAGGAAAGCAGGAGAUAAGAGGGACUCUCUCUGCCCUACCGCCCGCCUGAGCGGGCGAGCCCGAGCAAGGUGGAGUCCGCAGGGGAGGGGAGGCAACCUCUCCUGCCCCCGCCCCCACUGACGCGCGCCCACCUUUCAUGGAGUCGGGAUAGACGAGCUGCCUUGUGAGUGGUGAGAUGCUCGUCUCUGGAGGUGUGUAAGUGCCUGCUAACGACAUGCUCCUGGAGUGGGUGUGGAUCGGGCCCCUGCGGGGGCGGGGGGGGGGGAACUUGGAGGACAUUCGAGGACUUCCGCAGAGCCCGGGUCAGGCCGGGAGCUGAAUGCCACCUCGGCCGCCCCAUGCGGGGGGCCAGGGGUCCUAGAAAGAGCAUUGGGCCCAGGGUCCUGGGCUCCAAGGUCCUCUCCCGCCACAGGCAUUCGCUGGCUGUGUGACCCUGGCCCCCUAGUUCCCUCUCUGGUCCUCAGCCCCCCUCUCUCGUUGAUUUUCCGGGCGUGAGUGGCUGUUCUGGGAAUCACACAGAAGACAGAAUAAAGCUAACGACGCACUCCG